ACAAGCAGAAGCGAGCUGGCUGAGAGGAUCGCGCCACGGCUCCGGAGAGGCGGUCGCCGGCGGGGAGGGAGCCGAAGGGAUGCCUGCUCGGGGCGCGGCGCUGCAUCUCGCGGCGGGCGGAUUUGGUGGCACAGUGGGAGCCGUUUUGACCUGUCCAUUGGAAGUGGUCAAGACCCGCCUGCAGUCCUCCUCCUUCGCCCUCCGGCCCCUUUACCUACCCUCAGUACAGCUGCAGGGCGUGAACGGGGCUUUGAUCCGCCCAUGCCUCCCCUCUGUAGGGGUGCUUCAGCUGCUGAGAACCAUUCUGGAGAAAGAAGGUUUCUGCGCACUCUUCCGAGGCUUGGGGCCUAAUCUCAUCGGAGUUGCCCCUUCCAGAGCCAUUUAUUUUGCUGCCUAUUCAGGGGUGAAGGAGAAACUCAACAUGCUACUUAUACCCGAAUCCAAGAAAGUUCAUAUGCUUUCAGCAGCCUGUGCAGGAGUUACUUCAGCCACCUUGACCAACCCCAUAUGGCUGGUGAAAACCCGAAUGCAACUGGAAGCCAGAGCCAAAGGCGAGAUGUGUGGCAGCGCCCUUCAAUGUGCCAUGCGCGUUUACCACAGUGAGGGCCUGCGAGGCUUUUACCGUGGGAUUUCAGCCUCGUAUGCUGGAGUCUCUGAAACCAUCAUCCAUUUUGUUAUCUACGAGGCGCUGAAGCAGCAGCUGAGGGAACAUCAGCCAUUCUGGUCUUCAGCCCUUGUCUUCCAGCCCAAGAGCCAGGACUUCUUUGGCUUGAUGGGGGCAGCUGCCAUCUCAAAAACCUGUGCUUCGUGCAUCGCCUAUCCACAUGAGGUCAUCCGGACACGGCUACGAGAGGAGGGUUCACGUUACUGCUCCUUUGUGCAAACUGUGCGGCUUGUGGUCAGAGAAGAGGGUCCCUCAGCUCUUUACCGCGGGCUCCUAGCCCACCUGAUCCGCCAGAUCCCCAAUGCAGCUAUCGUCAUGGUCACUUACGAACUGACUAUUCAUUUGGCAAAGAAAAUGUGACCCCUUUCCCUUCUCCGUGACUGGCCAAUGUUUAUGAACGCGUUUUAGCACAAUGGGAUGCCUUAACAGUGGACGUGUUUUCCCAUUAAAUGGUUAGACACUGGCUGCCAUAAGGGAAAGAUCUGAAGGCCAGCAGCUUCUCUCUCUGUGCUCUCAACGCUUGAUAAUUUAAGGUGUUUUCUACUGCAAGGGACCACCAGCUGCCUCAGGGCAUCAUGAGAAGAGGGAACAUCGGAGAGAGAGGUAGAGCUUGCCAAGCAGAAGCAGCGAUGUGGACAUGUAUACUUGAUACUUCAGGGAAGGCAUGCUGUCUUUCCAGGAUCGCUAACGGAUUAGUCUCAGAUGUGCUGGUCAAGGCAGGAGCUACAUGUCACUCCUUGGCCAGUUGGUUGAAAAUAUACAAAAUUUGUACAAAAACUGUAGACAGCAGGCUGUUGGGAAUAUUUUGCAAGGAGAUUUAUAUAUAGAAGGGAGAGUCUUCAGUGAUACUUUCUGAUGCUCUCAGUGUUCCUUUCUUACUUUAUUUAUUCAUUUAUACCCUGCCUUUCUCCCCAGUGGGGACCCCAAGCAGCUUAUCUCCUCCACUGUAGCCGCACAACCACCCUGUGAGUUAGGUCAGGCUAAGCACGAGUGCCUGGCCCAAAAUCACCCAGUGAGCUUUGGUGGCAAAGGGGCGGUUGGAACCUUUAAGGCAGGUUUCCAGACUAGCCACUUGCCGCCUCCUGAAGACAGGCAGGGUAUCUAGGCUUGCACAUUCCCGUCCACCUUCUACUCCUUGCUGGAGGAGGUAAGUGCAUUGCACAACAUGGAGCUGAGCAAAGGAAUAAAAACGAGGCCGUCUGCUGUAGCGAGAAAGCCCCUUUGCUGAUAGCAGCUUCUGUUCUUAUUGCCUGGGGCCUUGUUUACCAUUUCAUCUGCAGAUCUCCUCUCCAUAAACAAGUAGGAAAAAGCCGAGUGAAGGCGUUAGAUGGGAACAGCCAGUAGGGGGUGGGGAAAAGAUGCGCAGCGGUGGCGCAGCUGGACUCUAGCACAGCAAAUGUGGAUUGCUGGCACCAUCUGAUGGACGGAAGGAAUAACGAAGCAAGCUACAUUUUUAGAUAUACUGAUAAUUCUGUUUUAAUUUAUAUAAUAAAAUGUUUGUACCAGUUCA